AUGUGCGGCCACGACACUUCGGGAAAGCCUCGCGGCGGCGCCAUCGCAGUACUCAACUCGUCAAUGACCAGCCCGCAAACUUGCGGCUGGUGCGCCGAGCUUACCUUUCACACCCCCGGCCGGCCGGGAAGCCCGCUUGCGACACAUGCCAGACUUACCUCUGUUGGGGGUGAAGAUCUCACAGACUUUACAAAGACUUCUGUCCUUAUCCAUGAAUCCGGAGACUUUACCAGAUGUGCAGAGGACUGCGGAUUGUUCCGCUCCUUCGACUUUCAGAGCGCCGUUCUAGUCGACGGCGGUCUCGCACUAGAAAUGGAGCUCCCUCAUCCCAUGGAGAUUCAGGUCGGCGACAAUGGAAUAAUAGGGAGGAGAGUGAGCAUGCGUAGGACGUCUGGAGACGCAUCCAUGUCCAGCCGGGAAUUACCUACAGCCGAGGGCAUUGUGGGCUUCAAUUUUCUCGCCAAGGCGUGA